UGACCUCUUAUCAAAUUCCUUUGGAAAAAAUGGAUUGAUGAUGGACAGUCUGGAGCUAUAUCAACAUAAACUAACUAAGUAUUAACCUUAAAGGACCUCUGGUGCCGGUGGACACUCCCCAAAACGUGAACUGCCCUAUCAUAAUCAGUUGCCGGUUCAAAGGCGAUGUGGUGAGCUCUUUUGAGGCAACAGAAUACUGAAGGAAGUGGAUCGUGUUAAUUUGACACCAGAGGUUUGACACGUUUUCAACUUUCUGCAUCUCGUUUGAGCAGAGGCCCGAGAUGAAGCUGUGUGUAUUUUUGGUUUUCAUCUGUGUGAUGCUGCCGGCAGUGUAUGGGUUGAAGUGUUACACCUGCUGGGGGGACAACCCCGGCUCCUGCAAUUCUGUUUGGGACUGUCCUAAAUCCUAUGACCGCUGUGCCUCCACAAUAGUGUCUCAAAAUAUGAUCUCCAAACACUGUAUGAGGAGUGAUUUGUGCUCAAAUUCUUACAGCGUGGGUGUCAGAUGCUGUGCUGAAGACCUGUGUAAUGGAGCAAAACAAACUGCAGUCUUUGUCCCUCUUCUUCUGGUGCCCAUAGCUGUUAGUACACUAUUCACAUGAACACAUUACAUUCUCACAUUGUAAAAAUCUUAAUGUGUCUGAAUCUAUCGAGAAGAUCAGCUUUCUUGAAAAAAAAAAGAAGCUAUACUGGGAAUCAAUCAACUUUGGAGGCUGUGGUGAUCUUUUAAAAUGUAUUUGUAUAUUUUCUAAACUCUUGGACUAUUGAAAGGAAUAAAAUGUCUCUACUGUAUCUGUAA